CCAACGCGAAGGAGGGUCUGCGUUUCAGUUGUGCGCGUGCUGCAGAGACAGGGAAAGUGAGCGUCUCAUAGAGACCUGUGCAACAUGUCCAGACUUUUAAACACACUUCAUGCGCAAUUAAGAAGAGAUUUCAACUUCUGCAGGAAGUUGAGGGGAGUCACAGUGCGGAGUUUAAGCUGCACACUGCGGAAAGAAGCUGAGGAGAAAAGUGAUGGAGGUGUAGGAGCUCUGGGAAAGAGGCUGAAGGAUACAGCCGAGACUCUGAUCAUCGGAGGAGGAUGUGUCGGUGUGAGUCUGGCCUACCACCUGGCCAAAGCCGGACAGAAGGAUGUGGUGCUUCUGGAGAAGUCCGAGCUGACUGCUGGAUCCACCUGGCACGCUGCUGGACUGACCACAUACUACCAUCCAGGGAUCAAUCUAAAGAAGAUUCAUUAUCACAGCAUUAAGCUGUACGAGCGGCUGGAAGCAGAGACGGGCCAGGCAGUGGGCUUCCAUCAGCCAGGAAGUGUGAGGAUCGCCUCGACCUCGGCCCGAGUGGACGAGAUGAAGUACCAGAUGACCCGCACUCACUGGCACCCCACACCACAGUUCCUCAUCGAACCCGAGAAGGUCCAGGAGCUCUUCCCUCUGCUCAACAUGGACAGGGUGAUAGCAGGUCUCUACACUCCCGGUGAUGGACACAUCGAUCCGUACUCUCUCACCAUGGCUCUCGCCGCUGGAGCUCGGAUGUAUGGCGCUCAGAUUUAUAGCCCCGCCCCUGUGACUGGGCUCGUCCCCACACCCGAUGGCAGAUGGGAUGUCCAGACGCCUCACGGCACCAUCCGUGCCAACCGUAUCGUCAACGCCACAGGUUUCUGGGCACGGGAACUUGGCCAGCUGGUUGGUCUGGAGCAUCCCACGAUUCCUGUCCAUCACCAGUACGUGGUGACUGCGACGAUUCCCGAGGUGAAGGCCCUGAAGCAGGAGCUGCCUGUGAUCCGGGACCUGGAGGGUUCGUACUACUUGCGUCAGGAGAGAGAUGGCCUGCUGUUCGGCCCCUAUGAAAAGGAGGAGAAGAUGGUGCUGCAGGACUCGUGGGUCCGAGAUGGAGUCCCUCCAGGUUUCGGUAAGGAGCUGUUCGAAUCAGACCUGGACCGCAUCAUGGAGCACGUGGAAAUGGCCAUGGAGAUGGUUCCUGUCCUCAAGCACGCUGACAUCAUCAACAUUGUGUCCGGACCGAUCACAUACACCCCGGACCUGCUGCCCAUGGUGGGGCCACAUCAGGGACUCCGCAACUACUGGACCGCCAUCGGCUUUGGGUAUGGUAUCAUUCACGCGGGUGGAGUUGGAAAGUUCCUCAGUGACUGGAUCAUGAGCGGUGAGCCUCCUUAUGAUCUGAUUGAAUGCGACCCAAACCGCUACGGCAAGUGGACCACCGUGCCGUACAUGUGUGCCAAGGCCAGAGAGUCAUACGGCUUUAACAAUGUGGUGGGUUACCCUAAAGAGGAGCGCUUUGCUGGUCGCCCCACUAGCAGAGUCAGUGGGCUCUAUGAGCAGCUGAAAGAUAAAUGCUCCGUGGGCUUCCAUGCAGGCUGGGAGCAGCCACAUUACUUCUACAAGCCAGGAGAUGACGUGGGCUACAAACCGAGUUUCAGAAGAACAAACUGGCACGGACCAGUCGGCCGAGAGUGCAAGCUUGUAAUGGAGAAAGUGGGCGUUAUUGACCUUUCACCGUUUGGCAAGUUCAUGGUCAAAGGGAAGGAUGCGCACAGACUGCUGGACCGACUGUUUGCCAACACCAUGCCGAAGGUGGGCUUGACUAACAUCAGUCACAUGCUGACACAGAGGGGGCGUGUCUAUGCUGAGGUCACCAUUACCCAGGUCGCACCUGGAGAGUUCCUGCUCAUCACUGGCUCAGGGUCCGAAUUGCACGAUCUGAGAUGGAUAGAAAGAGAAGCAGCUGAUGGCGACUAUGAUGUGGACAUCACUAAUGUGACUGAUGAUAUCGGAGUGCUGGGAGUGGCGGGCCCAAACUCUCGCAAAGUCCUGCAAAAACUCACCAAUGAAGAUCUGAGCAAUGGCUCCUUUAAAUUCCUCCACUGCAAAUCCAUUCAGCUGGCUGGAGUCCCGCUGCGGGCCAUACGGAUAUCAUACACAGGGGAGCUGGGUUGGGAGCUGUAUGUGGACAUGCCAAAGCUGGCAGAAGUAUACAAGGCCAUCAUGGAGGCUGGAAAAGAAGAGGGCAUUGAUAACUUCGGCACUUACGCCAUGGCCUCCCUCAGGCUGGAAAAGGGCUUCCGAGGCUGGGGAGCUGAGAUGAACUGUGACACAAAUCCUCUUGAGGCAGGUCUCGAUUACUUCAUCAAACUCAACAAGCCUGCAGAUUUCAUUGGAAAGAAGGCACUACAGGAAAUCAAGGCCCAGGGACUAACGAGGAAGUUAGCGUAUCUCACCGUGGAUACGGACAACAUUGACCCUGAGGGCAAUGAGACCAUUUGGCACAAUGGAAAGGUGGUUGGGAACACGACCUCCGGAGCGUACAGCUACUCGAUUCAGCAGAGCCUGGCGUUUGGUUACCUCCCCAUUGACCUGGCCACCGUUGGUCAGAAGGUGGAGGUGGAGCUUCUGGGCAGGAAGUAUCCAGCCACGGUGGUUCAGGAGCCGCUGAUCCACACUGAGCCCACCAGAACACGUCUGCAGAAGAAGAAGAGUGCAGCGUGAAGUGUGAACGCUCGUUUGGGGAAACCAGUCCUCAGCUUUGUAACCAGAAAAAAGAUUAUUUUCAGUCAUGGUACUGAAUUAUGCAAUAAACUCAACACAUGACAGUUGCAUUUCAGAAAUAAAACCUAAACAUGACAUGGCUCUGAAAUAAAAAUAGAAAGAUGCAAUUUUUUGCAUGUCUUAAUAAAGGAAAAAUAUCAUGUCUUACACAAGACUAAUGAGCUGUUGGGCCAUUAAAGUUGGCCCAUUAUUAAAAAGUUUUAAAAAUGAACUUUUUGUUUUGAACACUGAUGGUACCAUCACAUAAAACAAAAAAGCAAACGACCCCUUGAUCUUCUGCUCUUUUCCCAAUCUAAAAUGCUAAUGACAUUAAUUAUAUGGCCCUACAUUAAUGCUAUCAGGCUUUUUACUAAACAUUGCAGCAAAAAGAAAAAAGGGUCCAUGUCCAGGAGAUUUCAGGCAGUUUAAUUUGCCAGGAAUAAAUUGCUGUAUUGAUAUAAUAUAACUUUAUGAGACAUUAUGGAAUGAAUGUUUAUUGUGUCGAAUGAGAAAGCUGGAAAAGUGGGAGCACAAGGUUUUUUGAGCUAAACAAGUUAAAAGUUUAAUGUUUAAACUCACAGAUUAAGAUCAGGUAAGGCACCUUAAUCAUGGCAAUGAAGUAUUCCUAUAAUUUCUUUGAAGCCAGUGACUUUUUUUUUUUUUGUCCAUGAUGCCUAAUAAGAAUAGCUGUGGACAAGAUGAUAACAUCUUCAACAAUCACCAAGUAGACCAGGCAAAUGACAAAAUACUGUGGAAAAACAUAUUAGUAAAACUUGGAGGUUUGAAGGUUGUAAAGAUUUUAGUAGCAGAUUAUUGCCUAAUCUCAGGUUAUCAUCAUCUCAUUAACCUCUUCCACUAUGUCGGAGUUGUAAAUCAUUUCUUUUUUUUUUAUAAUCUAAAUCAGUAUUAUUGAAUAGUGUUUUUGUUACUUACAUAAGAAAUUUAUAUCUACCUUAAUCAAAUAAAUAAUUAUUUUUGAUUCAGUGUUGAAUGUAAUUUGGCAGAUUAAAUUCUGCUCAUUUAAAUAUCUUCGAGCUCAUUUUUGGUGCCUAUAACAAACUGACCUCAGUCUUGUAUUAUUUUUUUUUUUGCCAUUAAUGAAAGGAACCAUUGGUCUUGUACUAAAGUAUCCCUGUAAAUGUGAAUGUUUAGUCUUUUAUUUUUAAAUUUUCUGUUCACAAGCUUUUGAAUAAACUCAUCAUUACUGAACUUCA